UGCUUUAUCCAGUUAAAUCGACUACUAUGAUAAAGGUUAAUACGAGAACUUGAGGUCACAAAGCUUGCGAUAAGAGUGCGUUGUAAUGUUGUAGGAAGGUUUAAGGAGCAUCUCGUGGAACAUGGAAUGGAUAUUGGCCUAUUUCACUUUGAGCCUGUCCAUAGGCGGUGUAUACAGCGACACGGCGGUGACGAUCCACUCUCAAUGGUUGGCACAGGGAGGCAGUGCUCGCUAUGACAGUAAUAGGUGGAACAAGCACAAUGGCCUGGAUCAGGAGUCCCUUAUUCCCAAAUGUCGGAGCCUUCGGACUGAUGGCGGACGGUGGAAUAACAAUGGCUUAAGUUAUCGUCUCUUCGAAGAUUGGCCAGAGGACCCGAACCGUAGCGGCUACCCAGAUCCCAGCUACCUGAAGAAUGCUACAAAGCAGAAAGAACUGUUUUCGGUGUACCUUGCUAACAUUAACACUGGUUAUGAGAACGACAUGAUCAUGAUGUCGGAAGCUCUUAAAUGGCCAAACUGGUUGAACCAGUCUGAACAUGCAGGACAAUUCCCCAACAACGUCGAUGCUGCUGCAGAGUUCAUGAUGUUGAUGGUGCAAGGUGUUUAUGACUUCACCAAAGGACAGAUUCCACCCUACAUUGAACCCAUGAAUGAACCGGACCCCGAAUUUAACAUCUUGAAUUUCACAACUGUUGCUUUGUUCCACAAAUCAGUUGCAGAGAAACUCCAUUCAAGGUUUAACAUCAAAGUUGCUGGUCCUACACUUGACGGUUUUGCCAGAAAUUCGGACAGAAACAAUUUUACAGACUGGAAGAAAGUGGCCGAUUUCAUGGACGUCACUUCCGACUAUUUAGACGUGUUUUCCUUUCAUUCUUACAACUCACUUAUUGUUUCGGGGAAAUCACACAAGUUUACAGGUAUGAAUGAAGCACGAUUAGUAGCAUUUGUCGACCUGGUUGAAAACUAUGCCUAUCUGAAGAAAAGGAAAAUUGUCCCCCUUGUUAUCAGUGAAUAUGGCCGCGAUACUGUGAUAGGAAUUGACAAAUAUGCUCCAUCGGGUAUAGUAGAUUUUUCGACAAUAUAUCAUUCCAAUGCCCACCGAUUUACCCAGCUCGGUCUUAGGGAAUACAUUGACAGAGCAGUGGUGUUCCUUUUAGCCAAUAUACAAAAUCCAUAUUACAACUGGUCUCUUUUCACUAAUGAAGGAAAACCCAGAAGAGUUAUCGACGUCUUCGAGUUUUGGUACAAAUUCACGUCAGAUUACUCCUUUAUCAGAACUACCAGCCAGUAUGAUGGAGAGGAACGAACGGUGUCGCCGUUAGCAAUGUCUAGUUCUCAGCAUAACGAAACUGUCAUUCUCUUGCACAGCUAUUCGCAGGAGUCACAUGUCGUGAAGCUAGACUUUGAAGACGACUGGAUCAAACCAACCACUGGAGAAGCUACUUGCGUCACCAUCAAGGACGACUGGUACCCAGUCAUCACCUUCAAUGAACCCUUCGACAUCCAGAAGACCCAUGGAAUGGUUGAACUUCCUCCUGAAGCAACAUGUCAUUUUACAUUCAAGACACCCUCAGACCAACUACCUAAUGUCACUCUCAACGAAACCACAUACUACGGAGCUGAUACACUUAUACCAAUCAAGGGCAAUAUCGCCACGACAAUAAUAUCUCUACCAAAUGGCCAAUAUCACAGUGCCAGACUGAGAGUUGCUGCCAGUUGGCCGAUCAAUGAAACAAACGGUGUUUCAUAUCUUACCUUCAACCUUUACCCCCUUGACUCUUUCUAUAAGCUGUAUGAUGCCAACAUGAUUGGCAGUACCACCUAUUGGGAGGUCUGGGAGUUUGCUGUCCCUGCCUCCUUGUUUGUCAACGGCGUUAACCAGAUACAGGUUCACUUCUCCAAAAACAUGACCGCGGGAUAUGUUUCUUCAAUAGCCCUUGUCACAGCCAAACUUGUUCCCUCUGAUUUGAAGUCAUGAUGGAUUUUUUUAAAAUCGGAUUUUUUCUAAGAAAUAAAAUUUCCCGGAAAAUGCUUGAAAAACAUAAUUAUGUUUCUGUCUGUUAAAAGAGAAAUUGUCUGCCCCACAGUAACAAUUUUGCAAGUCUUUCCUAAAUAAAGUGAACAUUGGUACAUUA